AUGUUCAUAUUACCUCGCCUCAGGCAGGAGGCGCGCGCGACCUUCACGCGUGUUCGUUCCCCACCCUCGAACGCGAAAUUCACGGCCUGCCCUCUUUACCUUCAAAUCUCCCAGCUCCCUCUCAAACUCCAGCCAAUUCUCCCUUAUAAUCACCCCAAGAUGUUGGAAGCUCGCCUAGAACAUGCCAGUCUGCUCAAGCGCGUCGUCGACGCCAUCAAAGAUCUCGUGCAGUACUGUAACUUCGACUGCAAUGACUCCGGCAUUGCCCUCCAGGCCAUGGAUAACUCCCACGUCGCCCUCGUGUCCAUGCUGCUCAAGGCCGAGGGUUUCUCCCCCUACCGCUGCGACCGCAACAUCCCCCUCGGUAUCGACCUGGUCUCCCUGACCAAGGUCCUGCGGGCUGCUCAGAACGACGACAUUCUCACCCUCAAGGCGGAUGACUCCCCGGAUGUUGUCAACCUGAUGUUCGAGAGCUCGGAGACGGACAGGCUGAGCGAGUAUGAUAUUAAGCUGAUGGAUAUCGACCAAGAGCACUUGGCUAUCCCCGACACAGAGUACGCUGCUACAGUGGAGAUGCCCGCGAGCGAGUUUCAACGAAUUUGCAGAGACUUGAAUAACCUCUCUGAGUCCGUCGUGAUCGAGGCCACAAAGGAAGGCGUCAAAUUCUCCUGCCAGGGUGACAUUGGCAGCGGUUCCGUCACCAUCCGCCAACACACCAGCGUCGACAAGCCCGAGCAGAACGUCUCCAUUGUCCUCAGCGAACCCGUCGCCCUCACAUUCUCCCUCAAGUACCUCGUCAACUUCUGCAAGGCCACUAAUCUCUCGGAUAAGGUGAGCCUGUGCCUCUCCCAGGAGGUACCUCUCCUCGUCGAAUAUGGUCUUGGAAGCGGCCACUUGAGGUUCUACCUCGCUCCCAAGAUCGGCGAUGAGGAAUAA